UAAAGCACUUGCUAAAAAAUUGGAUUGCUAUAUUUCUAGGGAUUUUGGUGGAUCAGGAUAUCCCACAGUAAAAGAACUUGGAAUUGAUGCGAUAAAUUCUGGUAAAAAAAGUAAUGGCGAAUCUUUUGAGCAUUUUUUAGUUCUUGAUAAGCCAAAAUACGAAUUAGUUUUAGGUAAAAGAUGGUUAGAUCGAUUAAUGGAUAGAAUCAGAGAACAUAUAUACCCAGAACCAGAAAAUUUUAAGUAUUAUCAUAUGUAUCAUUCCAUGGAAUAUUAUUAUAAAAUGUAUAAUCAAUGGUAUAAAAAAGAGAAACGUACUCUUUCUUUACAAAAAUUUCAUAAGCUAUUAUUUUCUGAUUAUACAUUUGAUUUUAAGGCUCCAACUAACUUGAGCGAAUAUUACGAUUCAGAAUAUUCUGAAACAGAAUCUGAAUCUAGUGAUUCUGGGAUAGAGUCUGAAUUUAGCGAUUCUGAAGCAGAAAAUGUACCUCUCCCAGUUAUAAGUUGA